AUGAAGUUCACUGCCAUUGUUGCCCUUGCCUCUGCCGCCCUCGUUGCUGCUGCUCCUGCUCCUGCUCCCGAGGGUAACGCCGUCGCCGACUUCCUGGCUGGCGGUAGCUUCGACUGGGGUGCUGCCAUUAACGGUCUUUUCCCUUGGAACUGGUCCUUCCACUUCUCCAAGACCAUCACCGUUCUUUACGACUCUAGCAACCAGCCUCACUACUUCAACUUCCCCGAUGGCUACAAGCCUUGUGGUUGCGCUUCGGACAACGCUUAUGCUGUGGCUGAAUCGUCGGCUAAAUUCUUGGUUAACAACCAAGGCUUCAGUUUCAGCGACAACUUUGACGUCAAGUUCGGUGGUUAG